CUUGCCCGCUGAGGGCGUCACUCAGAUGCUGCUCCAGGCGCUCCGCCAGAACCUGCUUCUCGCGAGCUCGCCUGCUUGUGCGCCUGAUCUCUGACACUGUCAUCACCGCUGGCAGUUUGGGACUGCGAUUUCGGUCGCGCGAGGAUGCUCGAUGGAGCUGGAGCGCCUGCCCGAGGCAGCGGGAGCUCGGCUAUGGUGUUAAUCAAUAUAGCAACAGCAUCAGGAUGCACCGGGAAGGGAGUGAGGAGCAAAUGUGACGAGGCUCGGGACCCCCGUACAGUGUGAACUGAAUCGAUAACUUUUCACUUGGAAAGCAGCGCCAGUGUGCAAUAUUGUCAGCCGGCGCACAAAUUGACUUGAAGAAUCAUGCUUGCCGUGUAAAAUACCGUAGAGCAACGUUUGCGUACAACACUAUGUCCUCAGCGAGUCGGCCGCUGCGGUCGUUUGGUACGCGCAUCAAGCGAACUCCAGGACCAGAGGAUGGAGUCAAGCCGGUGGCGAGCAUCAUCUCAGUCGACGCGGACGCGGGGUCUGCCCAGCCCAACGCCCCCAACGCCGGCAACGGGGCCGAUGACAGCGGCGGCGGCGGCGGUGCCGGUGGCAGUGGCGCGUCGCUGGCGACCACCCGGCUGGGCAUCACGCUGCGCGGCCUGAGGCGGCUGCGGGCCACGCUGCGGGAGCGCUUCGGCCUGGCCUUCGACGACAUGAGCACCGCGGAGGUCAACGAGAAGUGGGUGAAGCUGGUCACUGCUCAGCGGCGCUGCCGGCUGCUGGAGAUGGGGGAGCUGGUGGAUGAGGACGACGUAGCCCCGCCCACCUACUUCAUCUCACACACCUGGAAGAACCGCCACUCGCGGCUGCUGGAGCAGGUGCUGGGGUACCUGGCCUCGGCGGCGGAGGGCGUGGCGGUGUGGAUUGACAUCCUGGCGGUCAACCAACACGAGGACACGCGCGCGCACCGAGCCGACAUCGCCGCCUUCGCAGAGGUUGUGCGCGCCUGCAGCGGCGGCACGCUGGUGGUGCUGGACCGCGAGCGCUGCAGCCCCGCCACACGCGCCUGGUGCAUCUACGAAUGGGCGCACACGCUGGCGCUGCACGGCCCCGACGGCCUGCAUCUGCACCUGGAGCCGCACGACCGGGCCACCGUGUCCGCAACCAUAGACGUGGAGAAGGCGGAGUGCUUCAAGCCCGCUGACAAGACCUUCAUCCUGGGUGACGUGCGCCGCAUCCACGGCUCCGCACAGCGCUUCAACGCCAAGCUGAAACUGCAGUUGCUGCUGGAGCCGCUGAGCUACGAAGCCGACAUCCGCAGACUGACGGCGCGGGCCGAGGCGCUGGGCACGCGCUGGCGGUUUGAGGCGGUUGACAGGUGGCUGGCCUCCCGCAGCCGCGCGCUGGCGGUGGGCGCGGGCGCGGGCGAGGGCAAGUCCACCAUCUCCGCCGCGCUGUGCUCGCCAGCGGGGGGACCCGGCGGGGGCUCCGUGUCCGCGCCAUCCACAUCCACACCGCCGGGCUCGCCCUCAGCUUCUGGCGGGGCCGGUGGAGGUGGUGGUGGCGGUGGCGGUGGGCGCAUCACGGCCUACCAUUUCCUCAAGUACAACGACCAGCGGCGAUUGGAGCCAGUGGCCAUCGUCAAGAGCCUGUCCUUCCAGUUGGCGGAGCGCUACCCGGCUGUGGCGGCCAAGCUGUUGGCGCUGGACGUGGCCCGAGUGGCAGCGCUGCAGGACGUGGGCGAGGCGGUGGACCUGCUGCUGCUGACGCCGCUCAAGACCCUGCCGCCCGCAGACCGCCGCCACAAGGACAUUGUGCUGCUGCUGGACGCCCUUGAUGAGGCCGACCCGCUGGACCAGCAGCUGGCGGCGCUGGCGGAGACCGGCGGCGGAGGCAGCGACACGGCAGCCGGCAACAGCAGCGGCAGCGGUGACGAUGGCGGCGGCGGCGGCGGCGGGCCGCGGCCCUGCCCGCUGGUGUGCGGCAACCGCGCGCUGCAGCUGGUGAGUGCCCACCUGGUGCGGCUGCCGCCCUACGUGCGCUUCGUCUUCACCACACGCCCGGAUGCCGCCGGAGGGCAGGUGCUGCCCUGCCUGCGGCGGCUGUUCCCCGACCUCCAACAGCUGCCCCCCGGUGAGCUGCGCGUCACGGACACAGCCGCGCUGCUGGCGGCGGCGGCAGCGCCGCAGGGUGGCGGCGCGGCUCCGCCGGGACGGAUCCUGGUGGGGGCGGCGGCAGAGGCCGCGAGGGAAGCGGCCAAGAAGCAGCGCGAGGCGGCGGAGGCGGCGCGGGGCGGGCAGGAUCAGGCGCCUCCCAAGGGCGUGAUGAUCUACUACAGCGUGGCGCCGCUGGUGCGCGGCUCCUCGCCCGCCGCCAUUGCGGCCAUGGCGGCGCACACGUGCCCGCAGCUGGGCGAGGUGUACGAGCUGUACCGCCUGAUUUUCAAGAGCCGCAUGGAGCACCUGCAGCGCUCCGACCCGGUCCUGGGCGACGAGGUGUCGGACCUGGUGGCGGUCAUAAUGGCCGCACAGGUGCACAAGUCUCUGGGCGACUGGCUGCUCGACGCAAGCAAGUCCGGGCCCUUCGCCGCCGACGUGCGGCGCGGCCACGAGCUCAUUGGUCUGCAGCUGGCCAAGGGGUGGGGCGUCACCACCGGCACCAGCGGCGGCACUAACGGCGCCAACGGUGGCAGCACCUACAAGUCGCCGUACGCGCUUCGCUACACCGUCACACACCUGGCGGCGGCUGCUGGCGGCAGCGCCGGCGGCGCAGCCGCCGCCGGCCCAGCGGCGGCGCUGGACGCGCUUCUGGGGUCGUUCGCCUUCCUUCGUGACGUGGUGGUGGCGGGCGCGGGGCCGGCCGCCAUCGGCGCGCUGGGCGGCAUGCGGCGCCACACCGCCCGCUCACGUGACGUGCUUCGCUUCCUGCGCGGAGAGCUGUACGAACUGCUCCGCGCCGCCGCGGACGUCGAGAGCAAGGGGGGCGGAGGAGGCGCAGCAGAGGCGCAGCGGCAGGCGCAGGCGACGGCGUUUGCGCGCGUGGCGCUCUACGCCGCGGGGCACAGCACCGUGUGCGCCGCGGCGGCGGCGCACCUGGGCCUGGCCUGGGCCACAGUCCGCGUGCUGCCGCGUUCCGCGGGCGAGUGGUCUGCGCGGCUGGCGGUGAUGCAGGGCCACAAGGGGCCCGUCACGGCGCUGGCCUUCUCCCCCGACGGCCAGCAGCUGAUGUCGGGGGGCUCGGACGGCCAGCUGCGCGCCUGGGACCCAGCCACAGGCGACUGCCGAGUGGUGCUGGAGCCGCCCAGGGACGCGGGCGAGGAGCGCGAGCCCAUCGCCCGACUGGUCUUCUCCGCCGACGGCCGCCACUUGGCCACCGGCGGCGGCGGCGGCAGCGGCACGGCCUGGCUGUGGGAUGCCGCCACGGGGCAGUGCGUCGCGACGCUGCGCCCGCCGCCGCCGCCGCCGCCCACGGGCGGAAGCAGGGCCGCCGCCGCCGCCGCCCGCGCAGGCGCCGUCACGGCUCUGGCUCUGUCCGUCGACAGCCGGUGGCUCGCCGUGGCGACGGCGGCGGACUGCUUGGUGCGGGUGUGGGACGUGGCGGCGGCCGCCGCGGCAGCGGCCACCGCCGCUCCUGCUGCUGCUGUCAAUGACGGGGCGCCUUCGCCGCCGCCGCAGCAGCAACAGCAACAGCAGCAGCAGGCACAGCCGCCACAGCCUCUGGUGGUGGUGCGGGGUCUGUUCGGCUCGGCUGUGACGGGGCUGGCCUUCCUUGGGCCGUUCCUGCGCCAGGAGGCCGGCGCCGGCGGCACCAAGGAGCGGGAGCUGCAUCUCGCCACCGCCAGCGGCCGCCCAGGCGACUGCGUGCGCGUGGUGUGGGACGUGCUGCAGCUCGCCGCCGCCGCCACCGCCGCGGCGCCGCCACCGCUGGCGGCGGUGACGAUAGCGGACGGCGUGGCGUCAGUGGACGCCGCCGCGCCGCCGCCGCGCGCGCCGGCGGCACAGGAGUCGAGGCAGGCGCAGAUGCGGCGCGAGAACCGGCCCGUGUCGCGGACGGGCUGUGAAGGCCUGGCCGGCGCUAGCGCUCUGGCACCCACAACCGACGGCGGCAGUGUGCUGGUGGUCUGCGGGCGGGAGGUACGGCGGCUGUGGCGCGCGGAAAGUGGCUGGGACUUUGGGGAGAGCAGCGUGCUCAGCGCUCCGGGCAACGUGCUGGCGACUGCGCUGUACGGCACUCGCGCCGCCGUGAUCUCCGCCGCCGGCGGCCGCGUCCUCAACCUGCCGUGGGCAUGGCGCGACGCGGGCGGCAGCGGCGGCGGCCGCGCAGCAGCGGCGAAUGACGUGAUGCUGCCGGGGCUGCCGACGGAGGCCGUGGCGGGCCGUGGCGGCGGCGUGACCGUCGUAAGCGUGGAGGGGCAGUUCGCGACUGCGGGCGGCAGCGACGGCGCGAUCAUCGUGUGGGACACCACCCCGCGCAGCGACACGACGCCGUCCGGCGCUGGCGCCGCCGCCGCCGCCACCACCACCAGCAGCACAGACAGCAGCCCUGCCGCCGGGUGCGACACUACGGCGGCGUCGGCGGCGGCGGCUGCGCCCACGUGCGCGGCCUUCCAUCCCGACGGCCGCCAGCUGGCGGUGGGGGCCGCGGAGGACGUACGGCUGUACGACACGGCCUCGGGCGAGCUGCUGGGGCCGCCGCUGCCGGCGCGUGCCGAGUGCGUGGACUGGAGCCCGGGGGGCCCGGGCGGCGGCGGGCAGCAGCUGGCCGUGUGCGGCGGCACGACUGGCAGCGUGUGGGAGUCGGUGUUCUCACAGGGCGUGGCGACGCUGGAGGCGGAGACCGCGGUGGCGGCGGUGGGCGUGGGCGCGGGCGGGAAGCUGCUGGCUGCUGGUUGCGCCGACGGCAAGGUGCUGGUGUGGGCGGCCAUCACGCGGCGGCUGCUGUCCACACUGACCCACGACGACCGCGUCACCGCGCUGGCCUUCCUGCCCGACGAGGAGGGCGGCGGCGGCGGCGGCUCGCUACUGCUUGCCACCGCCAGCAAAGACAAGACGGUCCGGCUGUGGGAACCGGCUGUGGGCUCGCUGGCGGCCACACUGCGCGGCCACACCGACGAGGUCACCUGCCUGGCGGCGGUGGCGGCCGUUGCGCGCGAGGGUGGCGGCGGCGGCGGCCUGUUGGCGAGCGGCUCCAAGGACGGCACCGUGCGGCUGUGGAGCCUGGUCAGCCGUAGCUGUGUGGCCGUCGUGGGCGCGGCGGGAGACAAGAGCGGCAAGACGGGGGCGGCAGCCGGUGGCGUCGCGGCGGCGCUGCUGGGGGAAGUGGCGGCGGUGGCGCUGUGCGGCGCGGGGCGGCUGCUGGCGGCGGCAGGGUCAGGGCGCGGCGUGCUUGUGUGGGCGCUGUCAGCGGGUGGUGGCGGCGGCGGCGGCGGCAGCACGGUGUCCUGCUCACUGCUACUCACCCUCAAAGGCCACCUCAACCCCGUCACCAGCCUGGCAUUCGACGGCCCAGGCCUGGUGCUGGCGAGCGGCAGCGCGGAUAAGACCGUGCGACUGUGGGACGUGGCGGCGCCGGCGGCGGGAGCGGCACCGCUGGCGGGGGCGGCACCGUCGGUGGGGGCGGCGCCGGCGGUGGGGCCCGCGCCGUUGGCGGCGCCGCUGGGGUCCGGGGCCGCGGCAACUGGUCGUCGCGGCGCUCCGCCCGGCAGAGGCGGCAGCACUGCGGGCAGCGGCGGCGGCGGCGCCGGCACUGGCACUGCAGCGGGCGUCAGCAAGCCUGGCGUGGCAAAGCCCGCCGGAAGAGCCGGCGUGGGUAGGGCCGGCGCGCCGCCGUCGUCGUCUUCAUCAUCGUCGUCACUGGCGGCGGCGGCGGCGGCAGCGCCACCAGCAGCGGCGGCAGCGGCGGCCAGAGCGUCUGUGGGUCCGGGCGGCCCAGAGCCGCGCGCGGUGCUCAAAGGGCACGCGUAUGCGGUCACGUGCCUUGCGUUCAUGGGUGCCAAGCUGCUGUCCGGCUCCGCUGACGGUAGCGUCAAGGUCUGGACCAUCGGGGCGGGCGGCGGGCGGGCGCUGAGCAGCCUGCGCGCGCACGAUGGGCUGGUCAUGGGGCUGGCCGUGGGCACGGUAGCGGUGGCGGCAGCGGAUGGAGCUGGCGGCGGCGGCGGCGGCGGCACUCUGCUGGUCACAGGGGGCUCGGACAACCGGUUGCGGAUGUUCACGUCGGCAAUGCAGUGCAGCCUGACGCUCAAGGGCCAUGACAUGGACGUGCACGCCGUCGCCUUUGCGCCCGGCAGCGCCGAGCAGGUCGCCACCUGCUCCGACGACAUGACCGUCAAGCUGUGGGACCUGGGCUCGGGCGGUACCUGCGCCCGCACGCUCAAGGGCCACAUCCACUGGACCACCUGCCUCGCCUACAGCCCCGACGGAAAGCAGCUGGCCAGCGGGGGCCGUGACAACGCGGUAUGGCUGUGGGACCCCGCCAGCGGGCAGGGCACGGCGCUGGCGGGCGGCCUGGGCGCCACAGUGGUCUCGCUGGCAUGGCACCCCUCCGGCAAGCAGCUGGCCAGCGCCGGCGCGGACCGCACAGUCCGUGUGAUUGACGUGGCCGCCCGCAAAGUCGUGCAAACGCUGGAUCUUGGAUCCGAUCCGGUCACGUGUGUGCAGUACAGCCCCGAUGGCAGGCACCUGGCGGUGGCGCUGGCGAGGCCGACGGAGGGCGUGCGGCUGUUUGACGCGGCGCGCCUGGAGGCCCCGCCGCUGGCGGUGCUGGUGGGGCACCGGGGCGGCGUGGUGAGGCUGGUGUUUGAUGCGACCGGGCGGCGGCUGGCGACGUGCAGCGCGGACAAGACUGUGCGCGUGUGGGAGUGGGUGGGCGGGUGAAGCGAGGUGAGGUGAGGUGGGCCGGUGGGGUAAGGUGGGGUGAGGUGAGGUGAGGUGGCACCAGCACAUGGCCAUCUAAUGCACUUGUUGCAAGUGAUGGAUUAGGUGUGCAAGCGCGGCCGGGCGGAGGUGCUGCAGCAGCUGCCGGCGCGUGACGCCUUUCUGGCACGGCUGGGCGCAUCAUGUGCAAGCUACGUCCUGAAGGGGGUGUGCUUUGGGGCCAUGGGGCACCGAGGCAAGAGCAGCCAAGUGGCUUUUGCUGAAGACACGAAGUCUGCGGGAAGCGUACAACACGAAUUGUUGACUAUGCAAGUAGCGCUGGGGACGUUUUUGCUCUUAUGAGGAAAGCGGUCGGUACUUCAGCAACUUGUGUGUUGUAGGAGCCUUGCCCCGCUUGGCGUGCACUGCUUUGUGUCCUGAGGGGUCAGUGGGUUAUAAGCGGUGUGUGUGUGUGUGUGUGUGUGUGUGUGUGUGUGUGUGUGUGUGUGUGUGUGUGUGUGUGUGCGUGUGCGUAUAGAAGCACUAGCCAUUGAGCAAUAGCAGACGCACGCAACCCUUGAGCCGGAUGCACGAGAUGCGUGGCGGACUACAAACGUUAUACAAGUGUUGCGGCGACCUGUGAUACUAGGUUAGCCAAAAGCUGUUGGAGCCUCCCCUAAUCGGCCAGAAUCGGCCGUGUUGCUGCGGUGGCUCCAGGAUUCUGAGACGACCUAAUCAUCUGUUAUUGGGGUGAUGGGGGUUGCAACCACUGUGUUGCACCUACCAGACGCAUGUAUCCAAGGCGUUGCAGGGUCUCAUCAUGAGGGGGGGGGGGUCACUUGCCAGCCGCUGGAAAAGGCAACAUUCAUGGCUUGACUUGCGUCAAUGUCUAGUUUUGGGCCAUUCCUUCUCAUGCUGCAUUACUGAUUUGCUGUCACUCUGACGACUCCAGUGGCGGCGGCGGGGGCAAUUACGGCAGCCAUGGCGGUGUUGGCGGUUAUGGAGGCGGCGGCGGUGGCGGGUGCGACCGCGGCGGCGGCGGUGGCUUCCCGCAGCCGCAGCCUCUGCCUCGCCACCGAUCAGAGGCGCAGCCGCAUGUGCAGGUGCCGCUGCGGCUGUCAAACGAAGGGUUUGCGGUAUCAAGUGGUGGCAGUGGCGCAGCUGGCGUGGGGCAGGAGUGCUGUUGCCAACUGCUUGUCAACGCGGACUGACUCCAAUGCGGCAGCUUGCACUAGAUGGACACGGGCAAUGACGUUGCGUAUGGCACCGCGCUGUGUCAUCUCCUUCAUCACCAGGGCAGUUUGCUGUGAAGAUUUGUUGUAGGAAGCGGUGUAGCCUGCAGGCUUUAGCUUGAGCAAAGGUUUGUGCAGCGUGAGCAGGCUGGUGCCAGAGAGUGUGUGACAUGCGCCUCUGACUGCGCGCUCCAUUGUGUGCUGCCUUGCGCCCUUGCCUCAUCGCCCACGAGUAUCAGUGCAGGGGUGCCUCGUGUUCGUGACCAGCCAGGACAGGUCCAGGAGUUUCAGGUCACUUUCGCGAAGACUGGGAUUAGCGUGCCAUUUGUGAGGAUGCUUUUCAGGCGCGGGCAGGUGUUGGCAUUGGAAUGAAAGCGAUCGACAAGAUGCAAGAUUCGUGUUGUUGAGGCGUUGGCGCCCAUAGCCAGCAGCAAUAAUGGAGGUCUACAUAGCGCAAACGCAGGCGUGGGAGACGUUGGUCAUGGACUGGUACGCAGGCAGAAGGAAGGGGAAGCACCAUACCAGCACGCUACCUAGGCUACAGUGCUGCGUGUGAGGCAAAGGGCGGUGCAGCGGCAGUGUCGCAGUAUAGGGCCUCUGCCACAGCUGUAACAGCAAGUAACA